AUGUGAAUUUACGACAUAAAAUUCUCAAAGCUAGAAAAAUUAAAACACUUUUAGUGCGCCUCAGUUAUACACAAAUCCAAAACAUCAUAAAUUAUGUUAACGAACGGACUUCUAACUCAAAUAUUCCACUAACCAAGAAAACCUUGAAGGAAGAUAUUAUAACUGAGGAUGGCAAACUAUCACUGGAGACUGAGGUGGGUAUACCUAUCGAAUCUUAUGUUUUUCCAAAAAACUACCCCGAAAUCAAA